GAAGUAAUUAAUCAUUAAAAAAAUAUUUGAAAUACGCGGACCCGUCCUUGCUAAUUGAAAAUGAAAAUAUAAAAACGGCGGUUUCAUGCCUAGUUUGCGUUUUCCCCUUCUGCAGUUCCUCUUCGAACUUGAAAGCCAAAUCGCGAUUCAGCCAAAAGCAAUCGCCUCUCAGCUCUGAAGAAGAAACCGAUACAUACCCCCAUAGAUAGAGAAAGAGAGAGCAAUGGAGUGCCGAGGGCAGCAGGAGUUAGAGGAAGAUGUUUACGGCGGCGAAGUUCCUGAACCAGCCUACAUGGAAUCCGAUUCCGACCCAUUUACCGACGCCGCCGCCGCCGCCGCCGCUGAUUCCAAAUCUGAGGAACUGGAGACCAUGAAAAAAAGAUUGCAGGAGAUUGAGGAAGAAGCUGGGUCGCUUCGCGAACUGCAAGCAAAAGUCGAGAAAGAGAUGGGCGCAACUCAAGAAGAUUCAGCCAUUGCCUCUGCUACGGAGGCUGAAAAGGAGGAAGUUGAUUCUCGUUCCAUAUAUGUCGGUAACGUCGACUAUUCGUGCACACCUGAGGAGGUACAGCAGCAUUUUCAGUCAUGUGGGACUGUCAAUAGGGUCACUAUUUUGACAGAUAAGUUCGGGCAGCCCAAAGGUUUUGCAUAUGUAGAAUUUGUGGAAGUUGAGGCUGUUCAAAAUGCUCUACUGCUCAAUGAAACAGAGUUGAAUGGCCGUCAAUUGAAGGUGUCUGCCAAACGAACUAAUAUUCCCGGAAUGAAGCAAUAUCGAGGGAGACACCCAAGUCCAUAUUUUGGAUCAAGAAGGCCUUUUAUGCCAACACCUUAUGCAUACCCUCCUUAUACCUACGGGAGGGUUCCAAGGUAUAGGCGUCCUAUGCGUUACAGGCCAUAUUGAUGAAACGUGUGAAGUUGUUUUCCUGAAACAUUUUGGGCAUGCCCAUUUAUAGGCCAAUUUUUACUAAUUACAUUUUACUGUGUAGGCAUGCCGAUUCACAUAGGCAUGCUGAGUUAUAGGCCAAUUUUAGUUUUGCCAUUAAUUGCUGUGCUGCAUGCAAUUACAAUUACAGCCCCUCAUACAACGACAAGAAAUCAAAUCGGUAUGCUGCAUCUUCAUUUUCUUAAA